AGCAGUCAACCAUGUCCACAUCAGCCUUUGUGAAAAAACUAGCGUCCAACUCGCGUAAGACAAGAGACGCUGCUUUAGAAUCGCUUGAAGCAUACCUUUCCAAAUCCACCAAACUCAGUCUUCUCGAAUAUGAAAAGUUGUGGAAGGGAAUGUACUAUUCUGUAUGGUUCUCGGACAGACCCCGUACCCAAGAACGUCUUUGUGAGAGUCUCGGAAGAUUAUACAGUGACGUUGUUCCAUUACUGAAGUUUCCUACUUUCUUGGAUGCAUUUUUCAACAUUAUGAUCUUGACCUGGAGCGAUAUUGAUCAAUGGAGAGUCGACAAGUUUUACUUGUUGAUAAGAAGAGUGGUGCGUCAUUCAUUCAAGAGAUUAAAGAAGGAGAACUGGAACGAAGAAGUUGUUGCCGAGUUUGUCAAGGUUUUGGAAGGCGGGGUGUUGAGUGGGAGAAAGGAUGUUCCUGUGGCUUUGCCUUACCAUUUAUGUGAUUUAUACUUGGAUGAAUUGGAAUUGGUGAUUUUUGAAGAAUUGAAACAGGAGCAGGAUGAUGUUGAUGAGCUGAAGGGUGAAGAUGGGUAUGCUGAAAAGUAUGAAGAGCUUUUCAAGAAGAAGUUGCAAAUUGUGGAUGAUGUUCCUGUGACUGCUUUGAUUUCUCCAUUUGCCAAGUUAAACAAGGAAGCUUUAUUGAAGACCUUGAGAGAAAAGUGUGCAGAAGAAGUUUUAAAUGAUGAGAGAUUGAAAGAUUGGGGAGUGACUGAAGAUGAUGACAGUGAAGAAGAAAGCGAAGCUGAAGCUGACGAAGCUGACGCGGAUGAAGAAGAGUGGAAGGGGUUCUAAUUAGCAUAUAUAUAUAUAUAUAGA